UGUGAAACAACUUGGAAAUAGAACGAAAAUAAUUGUACUUGAUUUGUCAUCUCGUUGUUUAUAAAUAAAGUGCCUUUUUAUCAUUAGAUUUCAUUUGUGCGGGUGCCAAACAAAACAUGGUCAACACACGAAGUUUGUCUCGUAAACGUAAAAUUGUUGAUCAAUCGGUGGUCGAAAUGAACAAGACAAUUGGUGAUAAUGUUGCUGCUCAACGCCACAAAGAUGACAAUGUUUGCCAGUCAAACACAACUACGACAAUCGAGUCCAAAGAUAAUGAUGAGGAUUACUAUCGAAAUGUAGCCAAGUUAGGCCGAGAAGCAAUUGUCAAACAAAUCGAAGAAGCCAAGAAAUUGAAACAACACAUUGAAUACAUGAGGAACCCAAGAGCAGUGUGGGAUCUGAAUCCCAGCCUGUAUCGACGUGAAAUUCCGUUGGAAAAACAUCCAUAUAGACAUUUGAAAUUGUUGAUGGAAGCUCGUCUAGAGUAUGUGAAUCUGAUGCUCGAAUUGAUGGACCUUGAAGAACGAGAUGAUGACGACGAUGAUGUUGCCGAUGGUGGUGGUGGUGGUAGCGAUGGUGAUGCUGAUAGGGAUGAUGAUAAUGAUGAUGCUGAUAACGACCACGAGAAUAAUGAUGAAGAAAAGGAAAACCAUGACAAUGGAAAACAGAAUUCAAAUAUCAAGGAUUCCAAUCACACCAAUGACAAUCGUACAAUCAUCCUUUAUUCCAGCACCAAGAUUCAGGUUUCCGAAAUUGAUUCCACCAACAAUCAAACAUGAGCUUUGUUCCAUCAUCAUCACCAUAUUUCGAAAUCAACAGUGACACACACACAACAAAAUCAUCAGAUAUACAGAACGAUUCUGCUCUGGUCAUUCAUAUUCUGGUCUUUAUUCAACAACAACAACAACAACGUGUUCCAACAGUUUACCAAUCUAACAUUCAUUCACUUCCAAAUGAAUACAAACGGUAUAUAAUUUAGUGAUAUGUGCUACCUGGAUACAUUUAAUACAACUGUUGAACUGGCAAUCUCUCCCUCUCUCUCACACACACAUUUUCUCAAUGUUAUAAUCGCAUUCUUUUUGAUAUAGCAAUAUAUAAUAAAAUGUUUGAAACCA